UCUCCAGUGGCGAUAGCGAAGACCAGACCGAUGCAGCCUCUCCCACCCCCGCCCGCAGCGGUUACGGUCCCGCAGCCCGUGAAGCCUGCGGCCGUUACGGGCCCCGCGGCGCUGCCCGCCCCCGGGCAGCCGGCGCCCGUACUGGCUGCAGCCAACACAAUUGUAGUCCCCAGCAACACUGCUGGCAUCUUGCGCGAGGGGCUGACCCCUGUGCCGACCAAGCCAGCAGCUGCUGCUGCAAACGCUACAGCUCUCACGCCGCCGGUAGCUACACCGCCGGCAAAUGUGACUGCAAAGGCGGCCAACGCCACAGCAGACAGCAGCAACAGCACAUUUGGCGCAGCUGCUGCAGUUGCAAGCAGCUCCUCUCCCAGCAGCAGCCCCUCAGGCUUGAAAGUGGGAAUCUGAGGCCCCGACCCCUUUGUACUAUCUCCGUGCCCCCGAGCGGUAAAGGUUCUGGCAGCGCAGACUCCAGCCCUUCUUGGAGCCCCUCACCCAGCAGCCCUUCCUACAGCCCCUCUUACAGCCCUUCGAGCCCCUAUUACAGCCCCUCUUACAGUCCCUCCAGCCCGUACUACAGCCCUUCUAGUCCCUCUUACAGCCCGUCUUGGAGCCCCUCUUGGAGUCCUUCUUGGAGCCCCUCUCCGAACAACUGGGGCGGUGGCGGCGGUGGCGGAGGGGGAGGUCCGCGGGGGCCCGGCGGUGGCGGCCCGAGGGGCCCCGGUGGCGGCGGACCGAGGGGUCCC